UUUACUAAUCGCACUUGUGUUGCAGAUUGCUGAUGAGUGACUCAAGGUGCUUAGAUAAAUGACUUAUUUAUUUAAAAGUGUCGUACUCGCCGAGACCUCUGUUAUCAUUGAGAUGCGUUCUGAACGCAACGUACACACGCGCCGCGUUACAAUUUAUAAGUUGAUUUUACAGCCCAGGUUUUUGGAAACGUAAAGCCUUCGAUAAGUAUAGUCAGUUACGGACAGUUGACUGCAAACGCGACAGGCGUAUUGCUCCGAGAAACCGAAGAAAGAAACAAUGAUCGCGAGUACUGAAAAAAUUUGCUACAACAAUGACCUUGCUAAUUCAAACUCGUUACUCACAAACAAUCUGCAGACAGCGUCAUGGAUGGAAAAGACGAAAAAUAUUUUCAAGAAAAUAAAGAGUUUUUUCCGUGAAACGACCGUGGAACCUUGUUUGUUUAUGUACAUGCUGUGCACGUCAUUAUCUUCGCUGGUUGUACAAAACAUGCACUUGGAGAAAUCAUGCAGAGUUAACUUUAAUUUUGGAGACGAGAUAUGUGACAGAAUCAGGGAUUUGAAUACGACCGGCUUGGAGAAUGAACUUAAUCAGGUUCAAAUAUUAGUAGCGAAAGUGAUUGCCUGGAAAUUCCCCUUGCAAACGGCGAUUCCUGCUGUAAUGGUUCUGUUUAUCGGAGCCUGGAGUGACAAGUACAAAAAGCGAAAAAUUUGCAUAUUGUUUCCCUUCACCGGCGAAAUAUUAACGAAUAUAGGGCUUUUAUUUGCUACAUAUUAUUUCAAGGAAGUGUCUCUGAUUGGUACAGCCCUCAUAGAGGCUUUACCUGCGGCUUUCACUGGCAGCUACAUCAUAGUAUUCAUGGGAAUGUACAGUUUUAUGGCCGAUAGAACUACAGAAGAGAAUAGAACAUUUCGAUUGGGUAUUGUCACAAUAUUUGUCAGUUUUGGAAAUCCUACAGGAACUGCUUUAAGUGGUGUGUUGCUAAGAGCAUUAGGUUACUAUGGAGUGUUUUCAUUAUUAAUAGUUUUACAUUCUGCAUCAUUUGCUUAUGGAAUAUUAAGACUGAAAGAUGUGGUGACUGAAGAUGAAAUAACAUCAAGCCGUGAAGUGACAGAAAAUAGAUUUAGAAGAGUAGUUCGUGAUGUGUUUGGUCUCGUUGGAAGCACUGUCCUUGUUGCUCUCAGACCGAGAGCCGCAAACGGAAGAAUUCAGAUUAUUAUGGUUUUAAUUCUGUAUCUCUUGAUGGUUGGACCACUUUAUGGUGAUUCACAAGUCAGUUAUUUGUAUGCGAGGCGAAAAUUCCAGUUGAAUGAAGUGGAAUACAGUAUUUAUGGCACAAUCAACAUCCUUCUUGGUUUUGUUGGUACCGUGUUCUGCAUAUCAGUGCUAAGCAAGAUGUUAGAAGUCCAAGACAGUGCCAUCGGAGGUCUAGCUGGUGUGAGCAGGAUAGCUGCAUGUUUCGUGUUUGCGUUUGCGCCUACCAGACCUUGGUAUUAUGCUGCUCCUCUGUUCAACAUUUUUAGUCAUACUGGUCUUACAGCUGUAAGGUCUAUAGCUACGAAAAGUGUACCGACAGAUGAAAUUGCAAAACUAAGUGCACUAAUGGGUGUGACAGAAGCCAUAGCACCCUCUAUUUACAUGCCGACGUCCAGCUAUAUCUACACGAUGACCAUCGACACCCUCCCUGGCGCCUUCUACCUCUUCGACGCUGCACUCACAGUGGUUGCACUGGCGUUGUUCAUGGUAAUCUACGUGAUUGUGAGAAGAAGGAUGAGGGAUGUUGUAACAGAUCCCAAGAGAAAAGAGGACUUCGCGAGAUCGAAUGAAGUUUCACGAUUUUAAACUGAUAUUACUUUUCCUUCAUUAGUCAAAAGUUACCAAAAUUCUAAGUCUCAGAGAAUCAAUGUUAAGUUUUUAGUAAUUAAAUGAAUAAUAUUUAUAUAAGCUAUUAAAAUAUAGAAGUAAAAGGUGUGUCAAUAUAUACAAACAUACACGCCUCUUUCCCAAAGGCAGGUGUGCCCCAUCACAGAUGUUGAAGCAUCCGAAUGAAUCGGCCAAUUUCUUUCUUUUUUUCAAAUCAUAAGAAAACCGAAACUAUACAUACAUCACGUCUUUAUCCCUAGACAGAGCCAACAGUCUCGCAAAGACUCCAAGGCCGCUCUGCUAGCUCGUCAAGCUUAUUUUUUAAAGAAAUUAUAUUAUAAUGAAUGCUUAUUUCUGGUCGCUUACAGGAUAGUCCUAAAUGUACGGUUAUAUCAGACUAGACUUGG